UUUACUUGGUUAAUCUUACUUCUAGCUAGUUCCUCAUCUUCUCAACUUGCUUUCUUGAUUCAAAUAUCUUCCCUCAAAAACUUUCAAAACAUUCGACGAGCGCCAACUUGAGCAAGGAAUCCAUGGCUUCUACCUCGAGAUCCUCGAUAUCAUUGCGAAACAAUGCUCCAGGAACAAGGUUCCCCUCAUCUACAACAUCAAAACUACUGCACUCUAAUCUCAAAUUUCCACUUUUAAUGCCUGCAACAAAAGCUACAGGCAUAAAAUCUUCAAGUGCCACAAGGUACAAUGAAGCUGUAAUUGAUGAAGAAAUGGACAAGAUUAGGAGGCUCCAAAAUGGGUCCGAUGUUCGUGGGGUGGCAUUGCAAGGGGAGAAGGGUAGAACAGUGGAUCUUUCUCCUCCGGCCGUGGAAGCCAUUGCAGAGAGUUUUGGCGAAUGGGUUAUCAAUGGCUUGGAAAAGGAAAAAGGUCGUGUUGUUGAGAAUGUUAGGGUGUCACUAGGCAGAGACCCACGACUAUCAGGAGCUUCUUUGAGUGUAGCUGUGCUUUCAGGUCUUGUUCGUGCUGGUUGUUUGGCGUUUGAUAUGGGACUUGCCACCACUCCAGCUUGUUUUAUGAGUACUUUGUUAACUCCAUUUGCCUAUGAUGCAUCCAUAAUGAUGACAGCAUCACACUUGCCAUACACUCGUAACGGACUCAAAUUUUUCACCAGGAGAGGGGGGCUAACCUCGCCCGAGGUGGAGGAGAUUUGCGGUAAAGCUGCGCGUAAGUAUGCAAAUAGGCUUGCAAAAGUUUCUACCAUGCUUAAGACUCCACCAGAAAGAGUUGAUUUCAUGAGCACCUAUGCAAAGCAUCUCCGGAAUAUAAUCAAGGAGAGAGUGAACCAUCCCUUGCACUACGACACUCCCCUCAAAGGAUUUCAGAUAAUUGUAAACGCCGGAAAUGGAUCAGGAGGUUUCUUCACAUGGGAUGUGCUUGACAAGCUUGGUGCAGAAACCUUUGGCUCGCUACACUUAAACCCAGAUGGAAUGUUCCCAAACCACAUCCCGAACCCCGAGGACAAGAUUGCCAUGGCACUAACUAGAGCUGCUGUGCUAGAAAAUUCAGCUGAUCUUGGAAUUGUUUUCGACACUGAUGUGGACCGAAGUGGGGUAGUUGACAAGGAAGGAAACCCGAUCAAUGGUGACAGGCUUAUAGCACUCAUGUCUGCUAUCGUAUUGAGGGAACAUCCUGGAACUACUAUAGUUACCGAUGCGCGUACAAGCAUGGCACUGACAAGGUUUAUUAUUGAUAGAGGAGGUCAACAUUGCUUGUAUCGAGUUGGCUACCGGAAUGUUAUUGAUAAGGGUGUCCAGCUUAAUAAAAAUGGAAUUGAAACACAUCUGAUGAUGGAAACUUCUGGACAUGGCGCUCUUAAAGAGAAUUAUUUCCUAGACGAUGGGGCUUAUAUGGUGGUAAAAAUCAUCAUCGAAAUGGUACGUAUGAAACUAGCUGGAUCAGAUGAAGGAAUCGGUAGCCUCAUAAAAGAUCUUGAAGAACCAUUAGAAUCUGUAGAGCUAAGGAUGAACAUCAUCUCUGAGCCUAGGCAUGCUAAGGCAAGAGGUAUUGAUGCAAUCGAGACAUUCCGAAGCUAUGUUGAGGAGGGACGAAUUGAAGGCUGGGAAUUGGAUUCCUGUGGAGACUGUUGGGUAUCCGAUGGAUGCCUCGUCGACUCAAAUGACGAUCCAGCAGCUGUUGAUGCUCAUAUGUACAGGGCCAAAGUUUCUGAUGAAAAACUUGGACAGCAUGGUUGGAUACACCUGCGUCAGAGUAUUCACAAUCCAAAUAUUGCAGUGAAUAUGCAAUCAAUGGCGCCUGGGGGUUGUCUAUCUAUGACAAAAACUCUGAGAGACAAGUUUCUCGUGGCAAGUGGAAUGGACAAGAUCCUCGAUGUUACUCAGAUCGACAAGUACGCUAGAACUGGACUUGUAAAAUAAUGGGGGAUCUUCAAGAAAUUAGAUGUAAGCACCUUAUAUUACAAUUAAUAAAGACCAAGGCCGUAAUGUACAGGGAGAAUUAAUGGGUGGGAACUGAAUUCUUUUCUGCUUA